AUGCGCACCCAGCACGCGCUUCAUACUCUACAGGCAUUUCCUGUAUACUCACUUGGAUUUGUCAAAAACGACAAACUGCUUCUCGGAGGUGGCGGCGGUGCUACCCGUUCUGGCAUCAAGAACAAGCUCAGACUAUAUGAUGUCGAUGAGACCGGCGCAAAGCUUGAGCUUCUUAACGAGCUUGAGCUUGAGAAGGACGAAGAUGCUCCCAUGAGUAUGGCCAUAGACCACGGGCACAAUUCGUUCAUAUGUGGAAUAAAUGGGUCAAUAGAGAAAGUCGAAGCUGGAGUAAAUCCUCAUUGCCGAGCAUUUUCAGUUGAAAUGAAAGAGGAUAUGAAGCCUCUCAUUAAGUUUGAACGCUCAGCUCAGCUUGUCAAAGAAAGGAACUCGGAGGCCUUCCAGAAAGUCACAGCACUCUCGAAGGAUGGUACUCUCCUGGCCGCAGGGUCCUCAGAUGGGAAGCCAUUCAACCAAGUUACAUUAGUUUCAUACCCUAAACUCGACUUGGCUUCGGAACCUUUCACUAUACCCUCUGGGGAACUAUUUGAUGCCGACUUUUCGACCGAUGGUUAUUUGAUAGUUACUAGCACCACCAACCUUUAUGUCUUCUCCCCUUCGUCAGCUCCAUCGAAAAUGUCGCCAUCCACCGCACACCCUCAACUGAAUCUCGUCAAUACCAUCCCAGUACCAGCAUCACACCCCAAUUCGUCCUACCGCUCUACUCGUUGGUCACCUCAUGAUUCUAAAACAGCGUGGAGCAUUAUCAACAACACGAACGGUUCGUCCAAAGACCGCCGGGGAUGGGUCGCCCGCUGGAGUAUCACUGGACUUGGGGAAGGAGAAAAGAGCCAAGGUAAGGGCGAGUGGAAGGUAGCUCGUAUUGCCAAAGUAGCUACUCGGCCUAUAACUGUAUUUGACGUGAGUCAGGACGGCAAAUUACUGGCAUUUGGAUCAUCCGACCUGAGUGUAGGCAUCUUGGAUUCGCAAAAACUUGUUCCGUUGCUCACCAUUCUUCGAGCGCAUGAGUUCCCUCCUACGGCACUUAGGUUCAACCCAAGUGGAUCGUUGCUCGCAAGCGCAAGCGCCGAUAAUACGCUCCGACUCAUCGCCGUACCCAGUAGUUUCGGGCAAUCUGCGAUGACAACUAUACUCAUAUUGUUUGUCCUGUUGGUUGGAUUGUUGGCAGUGCUCAUUCAGCGAGGGGACAUCAUCUGGUAG